CCUGUACAUGUUCAAAUGAAGAUGCUUACCUCUAUGACAUACCGAAUGCCCAACUUUACCCUGGAGCAGAAGCUCUACCUGCUCCAGAGAAUCCACACUGUGGUGGACGCCGUGCAGGACUUCCGCAAAGACACCAACACCACUGUGUACCGCAAUGCCGUGUGGGCCGAGCUGGCACAGGCCUUUAACGAAGCCUUUCCAAACCGGCCACCCAGCAGCGUGGGCUCUCUGAAGACACUGUGGAAGAGGCUGAAGGUGGAGUGUCGUGUUGCACUGCAGAGACGCCAAGAACAGCAAGCAGUCGGAAUGCCUCUCACCGCUCUCACCCAGGUUCAGCGGGAAGUGAUGGCUUUGGUGCCAAACCUGAUCUCCAACUUAGAGGAUAUAGAUGGAGAUAUCAGCUGUGUCUCGGUCACAAAUAGUUCACCUGGAGCAGUGACUGCAAGUACCAACGGAAAUGAACAGGAGGAUACCGACCACAAUCACAACGUCGACUGUAAGGAACUUGUCGCGAUUGAUGUUGGCUUGGUCUUGCCUUCUGAGGUUCCACGGAAUUCUGACACGCCUCCAGGCCUCGCCCCCUCUCCUCCUUCCCAUCCUUUCUUCUCACAUUCCAGCACUCCCAGAAACAGCCAACACCGGUCUUCCCUCUUCAGUUACAGCCACUCACGGGCCGGCUCAGGUUCAGGGUCCGGAUCAAGGACUGCAUUCGUCGACCGCGACCCCCCACGCAGAGGGCCUCCCGCACCUCAGGUCAACCCCUUGCCACCAGCGGAGAACUCGUUCGCGUUUCAGGAACCUCGGGGGUCGGAGUUAAGCUGGGAGGCACGGAGGCUGGAGGCACUGGAAAUGGAACAUCAGCAGACCAUGAGCCUGCUCCUGCUGCAGCAGUGCGUGUGGGAGGAGAAGCGACGAGCCGCCAGGCAGAAAGAGAAAGCAGCGCGGGCUAAGAAACGCUACUACCAGGCCAAACUGCACAAACUGGGUGUGGAGGUUCAGAUUUCUAGCAGUGACAGUGAUGAAGAGGAAGAACACUGCCAGUCAUGAGCUGUUUCCAAGUUUCCAUGUGUUGUGUCAGGUUUUGUGUUGUGUUUUGUAUUAAGUUAAUGAUAGAUUUAUUGACUUUUUUUCUACGUGAAUAUGAAAGGUUGACAUUUUUUUGUAAUCUUGUCUUUCCUACAUGGCUAAAAGUAUGUAAACACUCCUUCUUACU